CACAUACUUAUUGGGCUGAAAAGGUAUUUUUACUGAGAAAAUCUCAAAAAAUCUUAUAAAAUUAUACAAGGUAAUCUCAAAAAUUAUAUUACAGUUUUAAAACUUUUACAGUCGUCUUCCAAAAAUCGUGACUAACGAAUUAUUGAUAAAUUUCAUAUUUAAACCAAAAGUACUAACACUAAAGCGGUAGUUAUUUAAGAUAUAUUCAAACAUCAGGUGUUAACCCAAACGGUACAAAAACGAACAAACAUUUUAAAAUGAAAACUUUUUCUGAAUACAUAUGACACAUUUUUACGUGGUCUAUGUGGAUUUAUCAAAACAAAAAUAUAAAGUUAUCUGCUUUGUUUUUAAAAGUUGAACUUGCACAUCCUUAUCUUGCAGAUGUUACUUAUUUGAAGUAUAAUACGCUUCAAUACGUUCAGUUUAUUGAUUUCAUUAACAUUAUUUACACCUAUUAUUAAGUUUUAACUUUGUAGGCAGUUUCUGUUUUAUCAUACUGCUCCAGUUGCUAACAUUGAUCUUAUUCAAAUAAAGAUUCGAACUUUACAAAAUUCUCUCUGCCUUGAAUGCAUAAUUUAUAUCGUUUUUCUCCGAAUGAAAUCACCACACAAUUGCCUGUCUAUCAGUCGAGUUUAGUGAUCGAGAUGCUGAACAACGUCUGUAGAGUCUGCGGAAGGCAGAAGAUUUGCGAGAAGGGCCUGAAUCUCUUCGAUUUGGCCAACCGAAAGUAUCUAAAGCACUUGCACAUGAUAACCGGACUGCGGUUGUUGGAGCUGGACGAUGUUCCCGGUUUCAUGUGCUAUUGCUGUCAGUCGGAACUCAGAUCGGCACUGGCAUUCCGCAAGCUUUGCAUCAAGACCCAACGUAAAUGGCUGGCCAUCGAUGACGACUCUGCGUCGGAUGAAGAAGAUACCAAGGCCAAAUCGCAGCUGAAGUCGGAUAAAUGCGUGCUGGUCGAAGAAACGUUUCAGGUACUGAUUGAAGAGGAGUCCACGGACAACAGUCUGAUUCGAGAUACGGAAGCGGAGCAGGAGGAAGCUGAAAUGGAUGGGAAGUGGGUACCUUCCCGAAAGGUUCUCAAAGUAUCAACCAAACUGAAAGACAAAAUCUACAUAUGCGAGCUGUGCGGAACCCAUGCCACAUCGAAAUCCGUUUUCCAACGCCACAUGAGGAAACACACAGGCGAACGACCCUUUGGCUGCAAGGAUUGUAAAGCCAGGUUCCUCUCCUCUGGUGAACUACGUGCCCACCACCGUGUCCACACCGGUGAGCAACCGUUUGCCUGUCGCUUCUGCGAGAAAAGGUAUGUCAGCUACAUGGGCCGCCUGAUCCACGAGAGGACUCACACCAACGAUCGACCCUAUGUCUGCGAAGAGUGUGGCAAGAAGUUCACCACAGCCUACGUCCUGAAGAACCACAUGAUCAUCCACACGGGCGAGCGCAAUUUCCGGUGCGACCCAUGCGAUCGCUCCUUCCAGAGAAAGGCGCACCUGAUCACGCACUCUCGUUCCAUGAUGCACCUCCAAAAGGUGAAGAGUCAGAAGAGCAGUGGCAAGAGAUCUUGAAGAAUAAAUUGGCCCAAGCUAUUGAGUUACUGAGACUAACCUAACAUGAAGUGAUAUAGUAAAUAUCUUUACUAAAUCUAAA